AUGAAUAAUUCUUAUUCCGCACGAAAAAAAUGGCAAAUUUUAUUCAAUAUUCUCAUACUUCAAUUAUUAGGAAUUUUUUUUUUUGCAAAAGGGUUUUUCCCAUACAAAGCCAAUUUAUCUGGCCUGUCAACAAUAAAUGACUUACCUCCAUUACCUACUGGAGAAAAAAUAUUACCACCAAAGCCAAAAUUUGAUCGAUUGGUUUUUAUGCUAAUUGAUGCACUAAGAAGCGAUUUCGUGUUUGGAAAUAAUUCUGGAUUGAAAUUCGUUCAAAGCCUUAUUUCAGAGCGACUUGCCAUUCCUUACACAGCGAUAGCGACUGCUCCAACGGUGACUUUACCUCGAAUUAAAGCUUUAACGACCGGAACUGUACCAAAUUUCUUGGACGCAAUUCUUAACAUUGCAGAAUCUGAUACUUCAUCUUCAUUAUCAUAUCAAGAUAAUUGGUUAGUACAAUUGAAGAAUGUUGGUAAUAAGUCCAUAUCAUUUUUUGGUGAUGAUACUUGGAUAAAACUUUUUCCUGGAUUAUUCCAUGAAACGGAUGGGACUACUUCUUUCUUCGCUGCGGACACUGUUGAAGUUGAUCUUAAUGUAACUCGAAAUGUGGUUCCACAAUUGUCAAAGUCUGAAUGGGAUGUUCUGAUAUUUCAUUACCUUGGAUUGGAUCAUGUUGGACAUUCAAGUGGACCUCGUAGUCCUUUGAUGUUACCAAAGCAAUAUGAGAUGGAUGAAGUUGUGAAGGUGAUUUAUGAGACCAUAUUGGAGCAGGACAAGAAAAGGAUUGAGGAUGAUCCUAAUGCGAAGUCCACCCUUUUUGUGUUAUGUGGAGACCAUGGAAUGAAUGAGGCAGGAAAUCACGGUGGUUCAUCUCAUGGUGAAAUAUCAACCGCAUUUGUUUUCAUGAGUUCCGAAUUCAUCUCCAUGAAGCAUGUUCCUGAAACUUUUAGUAUACCACACGAUGAGCAUUCCAUGAAUUUUUACAAAGUAAUAAACCAGGUGGAUUUCGUCUCUACUAUCAGUUAUCUGUUUGGAAUUCCUAUUCCAAAGAAUAAUUUGGGAAUGUUGUUGUUAGACUUGAUAGGCGAUAUUGAUGCUUUGGAGAAAUUGCGUGCGUUGCAGUUAAAUGCACAUCAAAUAUCUGGUAUAUUAAAGUCAUUAUGGUCAUCAUUUGAUCGUAACCCUAACGUUGCCCAAAGUGAAUUGGAUUGUGAUAUUAAUUCUGAUGAUGAUCAGAUACAAUUGCAAUGCUUGUAUUCGAUGGCCUAUUAUAAUCACGCCAAAUCUCUGGAAGUCAAUGACAUCAGCUAUAUUAAUGAUGCGUUGUCAUUUUAUAACAAGUUUAUUGCAAAGUCUGGUUCCCGCCUUGCAUCAAGUUUUAGUGAUUAUGAUCUUGUAUCAAUGUUCGUGGGAUUAUGCUUUAUGGUCCUUGCUGUGACGAAUUAUUUUGUUACAAUGUUAGAUUCGUAUGUUCAAUGGAACAAACAAUUUAACAAUCAAAGUAAAAGUUUACAAAGUCAUUUAGAAUUCCUUAGUGUAAUUGGAACAGUUGCAUUUUGUUUCACUUUGUUUGCGAGUAGUUAUAUUGAAGAAGAACAUCAAUUUUGCUUUAGAUCGAGUAUUAAGACACCGUUUAUAAAACAAGCAUUUGUUCUGGUGUGUCAAAUGAUAUUAAUUAGAUUGAUUAGAACUUGGAAUCAAACCGGUCAAAAAUUUGCUGGAGAGAUUGAUCUAAAAUUCUACCUUAACACAUCAUACAUUAAUUUAAUGUGGAUAUUAUAUUUUAGUACAAUUUCUGUUUUAACUAUAAUCACUUUACGAGAAAUUCACAAAUUAUAUGUCAUUAAUAAAUCACGGGAAAGUACUAUUUUACAACUUAUUACGCAAUUAUUGGUGAUCAUCGUUGCAAUAUCUGCAACUAAAUAUAAGUUAGAAUUGGAUGGAGAUGUGAAAUUGUUUCCCAAGUUAUUUCAUUUGAUGUCAUUGAUCGUACGGACAACUCAAAUUACAGCGCUUGCCAGGCUUAUUUAUGUGCUACUUGUUAUAAGUCUUGUCCUAUGUAAUUCUAAUUCAUUAUCAUCUAUUGACAUAAGUCAUUCAUAUACUGGUAUAAAUAACUAUAAUGUUACGUUUGUUGGAUUGUUAACUUUCUUGGGAAACUGGAGUGGACCAAUUUGGUGGUGUUUUGCCAGUAUUAUAUUAAGAAAGGAGAUAUUAAUACGUCAGAAAUUAAGUAAAGAAAUUGAUAAUGAAGAAAUGAAUAAUAUUUUAUGUGAAAGCAUCAAUAUAAGUUGUGUGUUAAAAAUUCGCACUGGACAUCGUGAUAAUUGA